AUGUCUUCUCCCAGUCCCGUUCCCGUUUCCAAGUUCAGAGAGCUCUCUCUCACCAGUAUGCCUCCCACAACCAGAUCGCAGGCUCAACGGCAGUCGCUCCAAACCUCUUCCGAAAUCAAUGACUCUAGCUCCGAGUCCGAAAGCGCUUCGGGCAGCAGCGCCAUGAGUGAAGACGACGACGAUGACGAGGAGGAGGAGGAAGACGAGCCUAGCAUCGUCACAUCCCCCUCGAGACUCACAUACAACCUCGAACACCUCUCGCCCCAAGCUCGCGAGCGGGUCCGAGAUACCUUCAACCACCCGCCGCGGCUCUACCUGAAAUCGGGCCUGCUCUUCCAAGACAACGUCUACGCCUUUCAGAUGACAGAGCUCGUCCACCGCUCUAUUCGCAUUGGAUCUCCGGACAGCCGCUGGCCGACGCCAAACUGCUCAUGCAUGCGAGGGAACGCGCCUCCUUGCCAGCACUUGCUUUGGUUCCUAGACCAGCUUGCCAAGCAGACGUUGUACGACCACGACCCAUCGUCCCCGCUGACCAUGACACCGGGUGGCUAUCCGGAAGAGAUUGGCAACCCCUACACGGACAUCUCGACCUUCCAUCUGGACGUCCUGGCUGAUGGCUUCCAUUGCAAAGCCUAUGACCCUACUACCGGAGCGGGAGAGGGGUCGGAAACGACCAGCGACUCUGACGACUCCUCAGAGUCCGACGAAAGCGACAACGAAGAUACCCGGGGCAAAGCAGUCCCCCAUCGUGUUCAAGAAAUCCGCGAGAUGCUCUCCGCCAUCAACUACACCGCUCCGGAGGACUUCCGUCCGGACCUGGUCUCCUCAUCCCCUUCCAAGAGCAAGAAGAGGCCCAUCAAACGCAACGACCUCGAGGCGACAAUCUUCCGCAUGCUCCUCGCCAACGACGAGUUCUUCCACUACUUCCUCUCCAAAAUGCGCCCAACCGACCCCGUCAACGACACCUUCCGCAAGCUCUCCCAGCGCGUCGACCUCGUCCUGCGCGAACUCGACGCCUUCGCCGCCGGCGCCCCUGCCCCGACCACCUCAACCGAGGGCCCGCGCGACGUCGCCUGGGCCGCCCGCCACAUAACCGGCGUGGUGGGCCUUAUCCGCGCCGCGAUCUUCAAGCGCGAGCGGCCCCUCGAGAGCCGGGAGCGCGUCAGCGCCGCCCGCACGCUGGUCCACAUCCUCUCGGGCGUCGUCGAGCGCAACAGGGACUUCGUGCCGCCCGGCACCGCAGCCACCGCCGCGGCCUCCAUCCCGCGCCAGGAUCGCAACCUCUACCUCCGCCUCGUGGGAGAUCGCGACGAGGGCUUCGUGCUGAGCGUGCUGGAGCUCCUGCCCCCCGACGCGGCGGCCCCGUUCCUGUUCACGUUGGAGGACAUACAAGAGCAGCUGGGCGUCGGCGGCGCGCCGGCGAGCUACGUCGCAAAGUUCCGCUCGCUCCUGUCGCGGAUGCGCAGGCGGAGGAGGGGCGCCAGCGUGAGCUCGGCGACGUCUGCUGCCGGGUCGAAGCGCCAGAGCGAGGGCCCCGAUCGAGGCAGCAAGAGGAUGAGGUGA